GACUCUAAAAAAUUAUCAAGUACACCCAUGUUCAUCCAUGGCGGCUCAUGUAUAUUUAUACAUUAUGAGUAUCAAAAAUCAAUAAUGUCAACAUUCAGAACCUUCCUGUCGGUUUCAUGCGUAUAGAAUUAUAUAUACAAACAUAUACUUGUACAUUGUAUGUAUAUGGGAUGCAUUUUUUAUACUGAAAAAGCUUGAAAAUUACUCCAUUGUGGAAUUUUCGGUUGAAUUCUGUGGAAAACUUUGCUGAUGUCUGAGUUUAACGAGUCCACGGAAUAUACGAAUCUGUUUGAUGAGGACGUGGGGAAAAAUCGGUACAGUCACAGUUUCACUGCCGUGGACAGGGGAGCUAAAUCGGCAUCGGCGGCGGAGGGUGUUGGGAGUGGGGAUUGGAGGUAUCAGGCGGUGGAGUUUGCAAAGGGGGCGGCGGAGAUGAGUGUGCAGUUUGGGAAGGGAGUUAGGGACGUAGUGAAGCAGAGUAUUUUGAGAGAAGAUUCUGUGAUUGUGAGGAAGUUGAAAGGACCGUGCGAGAGAAUUUGCGGGAAAUUGGGGUUUCUGAACGAGUAUUUGCCAGAAGAUCGCGAUCCGUUACAUUCAUGGAGUGUGAUCAUCUGUGUUUGGGUUCUUGCUCUUGCAGUAUUGAUUGUGAAUACUGAUCAUGAUACUACAACUUCUCUGGUUAAGAAAAUUAAGAUCCAUCCUCCUAGCGCUAGCCUUAUAUUGCUUCCAUGCGGUAGACGCUUAGCUUACCAGGAGCAAGGAGUUCCAGCUGAGCAAGCUAGAUUUUCCAUGAUUGUUCCUCAUCCUUUUCUUUUAUCCAGGCUUGCAGGAAUUCCUGGCCUCAAGCAUUCCCUUCUGCAAAACUUUGGUGUUCGGAUGGUGACAUAUGACCUACCUGGAUUUGGGGAAAGUGAUCCUCAUCCUGAUAGGAACCUUGAGACAUCGGCUCUGGAUAUAUUACACUUAUCCUAUGCUUUGAAUAUUACUGACAAGUUCUGGGUGGUUGGAUACUCUGAUGGAAGCAUGCAUGCAUGGGCUGCCCUUCGAUACAUUCCUGAUAGGCUUGCAGGUGCUAUCAUGGUUGCUCCAAUGGUCAAUCCAUAUGAAUUGAGAAUGACCAAGGAAGAAAGACGGAGAAUCUGGGGAAAAUGGACAAUAAAGAAGAAAUUGAGUUAUCAAUUAGCUCGGAAGUUCCCUAGAUUACUCCCUUACUUCUAUAGGAAAAGCUUCCUUUCUGGAAAACAUGGCCAGAUAGAUAGAUGGCUUUCAUUGUCACUUGGCUCCAGGGAUAGAGCUCUGGUAGAAGGCAAAAUGUUUGAAGAGUUCUGGCAGAGAAAUGUUGAAGAAUCAGUUCGACAGGCCAAUGUAAAACCAUUUGUCGAGGAAGCUGUCUUGCAGGUUUCUAACUGGGAUUUCAGCAUCGCAGACCUUAAAGUACCGAAUAAACAUCAGGGUAAAGGCAUUCUUCUUUGGCUCAAAUCACUUUACAGUCGGGAAGAAGAAAGAUCUAGUGGAUUUCUUGGCCCAAUACACGUAUGGCAGGGAGCCGAAGAUCUGGUUGUCCCUCCAUCAAUGAGCGACUUUGUGCACCGAGUUCUACCAGAUAGCAUGCUGCAUAAGCUUCUAUAUGAAGGCCAUUUCACGUAUUUUUUCUUUUGUGAUGAAUGUCAUCGGCAUAUGUUUACUACCGUUUUUGGAAAUCCUCAAGGUCCUCUUCCCCCAAAAGUGGAUCAAACUCCCAUUGAAGACGUUGAGAAAAAUUCAGAGGAAGUAAUUUUCAGUGAUACUUCAACAGAGGAAGAGCACGUUUCUUGUUUAACCACAGAUGUGAAAGAACAACAGACUCAUUUUGAUGCAUAGCACAAGAAAUUUGAAAUCUUUGUCCUUUGAUUGUGUGGACACGAAUGGAGCAGUGUUACUGAGAUUAUAGUAGAUAACUUUUGUAUAGUGUGAGAUCCAUUAUGAACUCUUGAAAGAAGAAAUAGAACAAUCCUAGACUUCAAUAGCCAACAAUGCAUUUAUUUAUACCCAAAAUUUUUUUAUUUUCCUUCUUA